AUGAAACUGCUGACGAUUAUUUCCUUCACCCUGGUGGCUUCGGUAGCGCUCAGUCUACCAUCUGCUCGUACCCUGCAGGAUGAUUUCGAGGACUUUGUUACUGCAUUACCGUUGGAGGAUAUCGUCGCUGUUGCCAUGCGAUACUUUUUGACCGACAAAGAAGUCCAAGCCACAGUUCAGUACAUCACCGGUCCGGAGUUUGCUGCCAUUUGGGAUCAGCUGUUCGCUCUCAAAGAAGUGCUCGAUAUUCUCAACUACCUGGAGGAAGCUGGUGUCCGUGCGUACGAUGCUCUAGACGAGCUAGCGGAUCUGAUCGGAGUGAAACCGGUAAAGCCCUCAGUGAGGAUUCGUCAACAUGUUAGCACACGUGGAUUGAACGAUUUGAUUGAAGAAGUGGUGGCUCUGUUGCCACAGCAGAAGCUGCGGGAGUUGUUUGAGCAGAAGAUGGCGACCAGUGCUGAGUUCAAGGCGUUUUUCGAGAAGCUUCAGAGUACUGAAUUCCAGAACUUGAUGGAUUUCGCUAACAACUCCAGCGAGCUACAAUCCCUGCUUGACGAGCUACGUGAACAUGGUGUUGAUGUUGAUAGGUUCUUCGAGCUCGUAAAAGGAUUUUUCGGUUGGGGAUAUUAA